UUUACAGAUUUACAUGGCAUGUCAGUCCAUGCUCAUAAUUUUAGUGGGUGCUGUGCCUGAAUAUCACAUAGAACCUGUUACUGGAAGUCCGGAUGAUGAUAUAACACAAAGUGUGAAAUUCACAGAGGAUGUCAGCUCAAUCGUGACCGAGUGGUACCUGAUUAAGCAUCAAGCCUACAAAGUGAACUUGGCUGGGUCCCUGUUCUUUGCAGGUGUGCUGAUCGGAAAUGUCCUGUUUGGACCACUCUCUGAUAAGAUCGGCAGGAAGCCGGUUUUCCUCACUGGUAGGAUGGAGCUGAACUGGUUUCUGUUCUUUGUAAUAAUCUAUAAUAUACAGUUUCACAUUAUUACAGUGCUUGCAAGGCAUCAAGCGUUAUGCUUAGGGCUGUACUAAACCUAGAACCCUAAUUCUGCAUGUAU